GAGAAAGAAGCGACUCCUAGCAGAGGCCGGGCUUACAGAGAGAAGGGUAAGUGACACGGCCAGGAUCCCAACCUCUGCCUGCCCUAUCUUCCUAGUCCAGCCUGGGUCUCCACUGGAAGAAGAUUCUUUCCUGAGCUCACACCCGGGACUGGUGUGUGUGUGUGUGUGUGUGUGUGUGUGUGUGUGUGUGCGUGCGCGCGCGCGCGCGUGUGUGUGUUCCAGCCUUACAAGAGACUGGCAGGAGGUCCCUGGGCAGGCGCAGGCCUCUAGUGGGGGAGGCUCAGGAUGGAAGCGUGCGCCCCUGACCUUGAAUGGCCCAAGGCCCAGAAUUCCUACCACGCCCCCGGCGUCCGCGAAGGAGCAGCCAACCUGACCCUACCUGCUGUGGGCCAGGUGGAGGUGUGUGGUGGAAGGAGAAAGCCGGCCGGCUGGCAGAGCGCUACGGAGAAAGACACAAGGCUCCUGCGCAGGGAAAGCCGAGGAUGCCACCGCAGGCCUGGCACGACCAGGGCCGUGAUGCCCCGCCCGGCCCGACCCCAGCGCGCAGAGUACCUGGAGACGAUUUCAACUGAAGUAAUGAAGGCAGUGUCGUGCUGUCGAGAGAAAGGUGGAUCCCAACAACAGGAAACUACCUAAAUCACCGACCAGUUCUGGUGCUGCCCGCGCAGGGCUGCCUCGCCCGCCGCCGAUGCCGCCGCCGCCGCCGCCGCUGCCGUCGCCGCCGCCGCCAGGAGAGAACCCUGCGAUCGCGCCCGGCCCAGCGCAGCCCCUAGGCAACCUGCGCCCGCCGCUGCAACGGAAUGCCCCAGGCAGUCGCAAAUGCGUCACUGAAGGGGAAGCCACAGGCCCCAGUAAGCCAAAGUCAAGCCCGUUUGCCAACCUGCAUGUCCAUGCCUGUAAGCCCUUCUCUUGGCCAAGGAAGAAAGGAAGAAAGAAAAAAGAAACCCAGGGGCCUGUAUCCCCUGAUUAAACACAGCACAGCACUCCAGGCAGACAUGCCCGGUGGCGGCUCCUUGCACCAUUGACCUCAGGCCAGACACCUCAGCGCCAACAAUGGGACCUCGGCCUUCCGGCUAGGUUUGCCCCAGGCUGGGCAGGAAACCAGCUCGGCUGAACACAGGGGCCAUUUCAAGCAGUAGGACCCCAAGACAGCAAACCCAGCCCAGUCACGACUUGACACUUAGGACAAUAUCUAUCUCUAUAGAAUUUUAGCACGAUAUGGCUUUUUCCCCCAGAAAACAACAAAUAAACCAGCACCAAGCAAACACAAAGAAACAAAAAGUCAGAACAAACCAGCCCUGCACAGAUGUAACGGCCCAGGAGAUGACGAGCGUGGGAGGGAAGAACAGGGCUCCAGCACAGGUGCGAGUUCCUGGGCAGAGGCUGAAGACAGAGGGAAGGGACCAGCGCUCAGGAAGUGAAAAAACCGCGUUGCCUGGAGAUUCAUCAGGAAAAAUUAAAAUUGGCUGUGAGCUCCCGAA